UUUCUGCCGUCUGUGGUGUAAACAAUUGCUGUGGAUAUUUGUUUCCAACUCUUAUGCCGUUUGAAGUAUUUUACUGCAUUUCAAGGCAAUUGAUAUUAAAUUUUUGAAAAAUGGCAGAUUCCACAAUAAGCGACAUUUCUAAGAUGAAAGUUGUAGAGUUACGAAAGGAAUUACGAGCACGUGGGUUGCCCUAUUCAGGUGAUAAAGCUGAACUCAUUGCAAGACUUCAGGCUGCGACACAACCCGAUGAACAUGCCGAUAUUAACCUGGAUUCAGAUGAAUUAGACUCAGAAGGUGUACUAGAUGAUGAAGAUGAGAAAGCGCAUCAUGAUAUUUUGGAAGAUAGUGCAGUCGAUACACUUACUGAGGAGUUGGCACUCGAAGAAUCCUCACCAGAAAAAACAUCUGUUGAUGCAAAGCCACAAAAGAUUUUAAAAAGAAAAAUAACAACUGAGAUACAAAAGGAACAAUCUAUGGAGAGUAAGGAUAUAGGCCCUAAAAAGAUCGUUUUAAACCGAACUAUUUCCAUGACAUCUUCCACAACUGCUACCCAACCAACAGAAAAAGAAGAGGAAGAAGCUGACAAAAGCACACUAAUGGAAACUAAUAAAGUGAAGAUUACAACUAAUCUAGAUUUAAAAACGCGUCUUGAAAUGAGAGCAAAACGUUUUGGCCUUCCUGUUCAAGUAUCAGAUGAUAUACGUAAGGAGGCAAGAAAACAGCGAUUUGGGACCACAAACAUUUCAAGUAAUGUAUCAAAUGUAACUAUACCUGGUACACUUACAGACAAUCUUGACAAACUUAAAAAAAGGGCUGAGAGGUUUGGCCAAUCAGUAUCAUCACUUAUGACUGACAUUGAAAAGCAGGAAAAAUUAGCGAAACGAAAAGCUAAGUUUGGUGCUGUGAAAUAGGUUUAAUCUUAUAAUGCAUAUUUCAUAACAACACUGUAAGUAUAUUAUAUAAGCAAAAGUCGCUUAAAUAAAGAAGACUCAAAAUGUAA